AUGUCGGUGCUGGAGUGUCUUAAGUGGCACAAUUUUGCUUCGAGUCAGCAGGGGAUUCUGACUACGGACGGCAAAUCUGGCGUCCCAUGCUUUUCUGGACAGGUCACGAAGCUGGCCGAGUACCAGUUCAGGGUCCGAGUCCGUCAGUCCAUGGAGAAAACCUUGACUGAGGACGAUCUCCGGAAGAGGGGGCCGUUGGGGGUCAGAUUGAUCGAUGGUUUGAAGGGUCCAGCUUUACAAGUUGCUCGAGGGUUGCCAAUUGACAAGCUUUCUGAAGAAGGGGGUCCAUCUUUCCUUUUGAAGAGUUUGCAAUCUGCUUUCCAACCACGGGUGAAACAAGAAGCAAGGGAUCUUUACCAAGUAGGAGCACAGAAUGGAGGCAUGUUGUCUAGGCAGAGCGGUGAAAGCAUGGUGUCUUACGUCUUGCGCAGACGUACCUGGCAUGACAUGAUGACAGGUUUGGAUGCAGGUUUGACGCUGCCAGAUGGAAUUCUGGCAGAACAACUCCUGUCCAACUCAGGUUUGUCUUCGGAUCACCAACUGCUUAUCCGAACUGCUCUUCAAGGUGAUUUGACAUUCACAAAGGUGUCGGAAGAACUCAUUGCCCAGCACAGUCGUCUACAUGAGCGUGAGCACAAGGGCAAGGGCAACCACUUCCGACAAUCUCUGUUCUCAAAAGGGGGCAAAAGUUUUGGCAAGAAGUCCGGAUCUUGGAAGUCCUAUCACGUGGAGGACGACGCUUCUGAAAGUUGGGAGAAUGCAUCACAAAGUCUUGGUGAAUAUGAAGACUAUGACAUGGGCAGUGCAUACUACACCGCUGAAGAGGCCAGCGUGAAUGAGGCGUACGAAGUUUCUGAGUAUGACAUGGCCUCUGACUCCUUCCAAGCUUUUGAGUCCUAUGCGGCGAUGGUUGAAGUUGGAUUGGAUGAGCAAGAUCAGGAGUCGCUGGAUUUGGCGGCAGAAGUGAUUCAGUCUGAGUCUGAGGCGUACUUCAUGAGGCAGAAGGCAAUGUGCAGUGGUCACAAGGGCUUCUCAGGACAAGGACCACGCAAUUUCCAAGUUCAUGGCAGUUUGAGUUUGGAAGAGAAGAAGGCGAAGUUGCAAGCGGUGAAAAGCCGUACUAUGUGCAAGAGAUGCUGGCAGUAUGGUCAUUGGCAAGAUGAUCCUGUUUGCCCAAAAGGAGGUGGAAAGAAAGGAGCUGGCAAAUCAAAGACCUUCUCAUCGGCAUCUACGACGGCGAGCACUCAGGGCAAGGGCAAGAACUUCAAAGGCCAGACAAAGCCUGGUGAGAAGAACCGCACGGUUUACUUCACCAUCAAUGAGUACGAGGGCCAUGGUGCUGCCGAUGGAACUUCCUAUAUGACUCAGAAGGAGAACUACCAGGCAGUGCCACCACCGAGCUCUUUGGAUCCUCCUCAGCCUGCAGAGGAGACCGCUGAUGCGGCACUGGACCGCCUGAUUGCAGAGGCGGCCUUCCGCCAACACAUGAGUGCUCCGGUCUUCUUCGACCCGGCUGAGAUUGCAGAUCAACCACAUGUUCAGGAGCCACCACAGCCUCAGCGACAUGACUCUGCUGAGCGGCAUCGACAUUUAGAUCUUUUCCUACAGACAGCCAGCCGUGACCAUCCUGAUUGGGAAGAUGCCAACCGUGAGAGAUGGAAUGAGUUUGUGCCUGGUCACCCUCUUUUCAGUGCAGAGGAUCAGCAGAACAUCGCAAGGUGGCAAGAGAAGGCUCGUCUGGGUUUGCCAAGGAUUCCUGAUCAAGAUUGUGGAGUGAUCUUGGAGAAGACAGCACGCGUGCCCACGGAGAAGAUGCAGACAGAACACAGAGGUUCUUGUGAACACAAGGACAAGGACUUCAGUGGAACAACAUCCACAACCUGGCAGUGGACAUGCCGAUCUUGCGGCCACAUUGAGAAAGGCAGCAAGCGACCCGGACAAACCGGGAGACAAGCCAGCAGUGCACAGUCUGCUGCAUCGGGUCUGAACCUUCAGGCCACCCCAUCAGGAAAAGUACGUGUUGAUGGAGGACCACGACAGGUCAUGGAACUCAUGCAGACGGUUUUGGAACUUCAAGAAGAUUUGCAGGUGGACAUUGGAGGUGAUCAACUUGACAGGAUCUAUCAACGCUGUCGUCAGUUUGUCUACUCGACAGCCACCAGAGCGGUUGAAGCGAAUCCGGGUGCCCAGGGGUACCCGGUUAACGCGCCCGCUGCUGCCUCGACUGUGGGUACGGGGCACCCUGCCGAAGGUGAGACGCGGCAGGAGAGUCCCUCCACGGCAGCCACUGGUGAUGGAACCUUGUUGAGUUCAGGCAUACACCAAGGGAAGACGUAUGCUUGGGUAUAUCAAAAUGAGACAGCCUACACAAAGAUGCUCAUCUCCAAGAACCAGAACGACCGACUUCGAGAUCCCCACUUGAUCUCGUAUGCACUGUAUGCUGAGGACCGGAAGCGACGUGGGGGAACCAACACUGCCUUCAUGUCACAGCUUUUGGAGGAGACUGAGGAAGAAGAUUACAUGUUGGCCGUUUUGGACACGGGUUGCAACAAUACCUGCCAUGGAGACAAAUGGAUGGAGAAAUAUCAGCGUCUCAUUGGCCGAGAAUUGGAGGCAGAGCCAGCAGAUGGACGCUUCAAGGGCGUUGGAGGAAAAGUUGAAGUUGCUUGCAAGAGGAUCAUUCCCAUGCAGAUGCUCACUGUGGACCAAGAGAAGAUCCCUGGAUCCAUAGCGUCGGUGGAACUCCAAUCUUCUGACACUCCACUGCUGCUGAGCAUCCAUGCUCAGAGAACCUUGGGUUUGAUUCUGGAUUUGCAGAACAACACAGCCUACAGCAAGUACCUUGACAAGGAACUCCAACUUCAUGGACACAAUGGCUUGCCAGCAAUACGUCUCCACCCUGGUGAAUUUCAGGUUGGAUCAGUUGCGAUGCAUGUCCAAGAAUCUGAAGGUUCUGAGGAGAAGACACGGCCAAAGGUGAUUGAUUUGGAAGCCAUGGAUGACCACAUCUCCGAAGAAGGAGAAGAAGAGCCAGUUGAGGUCAGUGGAAAAGAGGUGGAGGCUGGAUAUGAGCGUCAUUUGCCAUUAGCAGAGGAGUCCAUCAAAGUUUUGAGCAAAGGACAGAAGAAACAAUUGCAAGAGUCGCUUGAUGAGAUGGAUCAUCAGGACAGCGCACUGUGGAGCACUUUGGCAUCCAAGCCAAGACAGCCGAAAAAGAUGCUGCCAAAAGGGUGUCGCACUUUCUUGAUGGAACUUUUUGCUGGUACUGCCACACUCACACUGAUGGCCGCGCAGAUGGGCCUCCCAGUGUCUGAACCCAUCGACGUUUUGUACGAUGGGAAGUAUGAUUUGCUGAAGCGCGAGAAUCGAGAGAGGAUCAGUUGGCAGAUAGAACAGGAUGAUCCGUAUCUGCUUUCCAUGACUCCAAUUUGUGGACCAAGGAGCUCUUGGCAGUACGUGAAUAUGGCAAGAGGAGGUGAGACUGCAGAGCACAUCUUGGAGCAGAGGAAGCAGUGGUAUCCUGUGAUACGUUGGCUUUGUGACGUUGUGAAGAAAAGACUGGCAAAAGGGAGAGAAGUGGUCUGGGAAAACCCAUGGGGUUCACUCAUGUGGUACUUGAGAUGCGUUGAGCAGUUGAUGGAAGCCCAGAUCACCAAUGCCCUGACAUUUGAGCCACUAGAAAUCCUCAGAAUGGAUCAGUGCAUGUAUGGACUGGUUGAUCCGAGGACAGGCAUUCCCUACCGGAAGGCCACUGGCUUGAUGUUGUCGUCACGACACAUGAAGGAGGAACUGUCAGAGCUGUGUGAUGGAAGCCAUAUCCAUCAACCCUUAGAAGGAAACCUCACCAAGCAAGCAGAGCACUGGCCAGAGGAACUAUGCCAUCGAGUAUUGAGAGGUGCCAUGCGUGAACUUCAGUCUCAAGCUCUUUCAAUGGCAUUUCCUGUUGAACAAGUAGCUGAAGAACGAGAAGAGGUAGGCUGCUUAGAUGCCAUACAUGAUUCCAGAGACCUGGAAGAAUCUCCAAUGAAGAAGCAAAAGAUAGACCACGAUGAAAUUCAACGUGAAGAGAUCUUUGAGGAGAUGACAGAUGAAGACAAGAUGCUUCAUCAGAAGGAGAGAGACCGGAAGGCGAAGUGGCUGAAGCUCAACAAAGAGAAGAGGAUUGCACUGCGGCGUCUUCAUGCCAUGAUGGGUCAUUGCUCAGUAGCCACGAUGACUCGGAUGCUCAAGUCGUCAUUGGCCAGCAAGGACCUGUUAGAUGCAGUUCCACAUUUCAGGUGUCAGUCAUGUGAGGAGAGAAGAAGGGAAGAAGCACCACGUUCAGUGCGUCCAACGCGCUCUAAGGCGGAGCUGAAGUUCAACUAUGAGUUAGCGGUGAUGUGUUUGAGGUGA